GCGUCUCGUUGUCCACAAAGUCGAUGGCUGUUCCGAUCCGAGAGUCCUUCCACUGUCGGUUCUUCUUCCACCAGGUGAUCAUGAGCAUGCACAGCAGCAGCCAGCUGACGCUCAGGCCCAGGUAGCCCGUCAGGUAGACGGGGAAGAAGAGUACGAUGCCACGGAGGAAGUACACGAAGAAUUCUGUCAGCAUGCGGUUGACUGUGGACGAACUCAGUUUCUCCGAACUCCCUUCUCCGACUUCAACGCCGCCAAGGGAGAUGUCGUCGCGGAGUUCGAGUCCCUCCGUCGGGCUCGGGGAGAGGCUUGGGGAAGCCAUUGGAUGGACUCGAAUCCCCGCCGGGCUCCCGAGGUUCUGGGAGGUCGAAAAUCUCCGCUGUUGGGCGUCAGAACCGAGGAAGGCGCAGAGUGGAAGUGGACCGAGACACUUCCGUGUUGGGGAACCGUGAGACAGGAACAGUUGGAGAUGAAGGAACCUCUUGAUGAAGAAACAAGAGGGCAGAAGGACACUGAUGCUGGGCAGCCUACUUGCAACGUCUCAGAGAGAUGCUUACGCAGCUUCAAAGGUAGCAGUGAGUGUACAGACGUCGCUCCCCAACCCCAAGUCUCCACUGAAAAGACGAAAAGAAAAAGACACCCAAACCUGCCUGACAGGUCAUCAGCUACAACAGAUGUGGACGAAGCAGAAAUAGAAGUAGUAGUAGUAGAAGAAGAGGACAGAGAGCAAGAUGAAGAAUAUAAUGCCAAAAAAGCAAAGACACAAACAGACAGUCCAACAAUACAGAUAAAAGCAGAAUCCCAGUUGCCAUCUCAAGACUACUCUGCAGAGGAUGCAGAGCACGUGUAUGACAAGCAUAUUUGCCAGACGUGCCAACGCUGUUUCAAGAUGCGCUCCCAUCUUCAAGAGCACCUCCUAUCGCAUUUUCCCGACCAGGGUUUGCAGUGUCCAACUUGCGAGCGCUUCUUCAGCAGCAGGAGCAAAUUGCGUGUGCACCAGCUUCGCGAAGAGGGCAAAAAAGACCACCAUUGCCACUUAUGCGAGUACUCUGCAGUGGAACACAAUGCCAUCCGCCGUCACCUCAUCACGGUCCACGCUGACGAAAUGGAAGAAGAUCCGGCGCGCCACCGCUAUCCGUGUAUCACUUGCGGGAAGAGCUUUGGGCAAAGCGGGUCGCUAAAGGCUCACAUGAAGACUCACCAUGUCCGAGCACACAAGACGGCAGUGAAGUGCUUCCACGACGGUUGUCCUUUCCGGAGUCAUUUGCGCAGAGUUCACAUGCGACACUUCGAAGAGGAGCACGGGACAGCAGGGGUGGGAUGUCGCCAUCACACCUGUGUCGCAGUUUUUCCCAGUAAGAAGCACAUGGAGGAUCACUUUAAGACCCACCUUGCUUACCACUGCUCGCAGUGCGAUUUUUCAUGUUCCAACAAAGCUGCCUUCCUUCAGCAUCAACGGCAGGGCCACAACGGCAGUGAAAAGCUCUGCUGUGAGUUUUGUGACUAUUUUACAUUUAACCCAGUGGAACUCAAACGGCAUAUUUGGCACUUGCAUUCCAACGAGAAGACCCACCGCUGCUCACUGUGUAGCUACAUGACCUCACACAAAACUUCUUUGACCCGACACAUGCUGACGCACAAUGAUGAGAAGCCCUACAAGUGUCAGUUGUGUGACUUCCGGUGCCGAGACGAGUCUUACCUCUCCAAACAUAUGAUCACACACUCGGGUGAAAGAAACUUUUUGUGUGAAGAAUGUGGAUACGUCACCAAGUGGAAGCACUAUCUGAACAUCCACAUGAGGAAACAUGCAGGAGAUCUCAGGUAUGAGUGUGAUCAGUGCUCGUAUCGCUGUCAUCGCAUGGACCAGCUCAACAGCCACAAACUAAGACAUCAAUCCAAAUCCCUUAUGUGUGAAAUCUGUGCCUAUGCAUGCAAGCGCAAAUGUGAGCUUCGCAAUCACAUGUUGGCCAAGCAUUCUGUUGAAGGAAAUUCAGCAUCCGUGCAUAAGUGCAAAUACUGUGAAUACACAACAUGUUUUAAGCAAGCCCUUCAAAACCACGAGAACUGUAAACACACAAGACUGAAACAGUACUACUGCGCUCUUUGUCCCUAUUUCUCGUUCAGUAGCAUUAGCCUCUUCCUGCACAAAAAGAAAACGCACGGCUAUGUGCCUGGUGACAAGGCUUGGCUGGAGAAUUAUGCCGCAAAAGACAGGGAGAGAAACUCAAAGACCGUACUACGGGACUCCGUGAUGAGUUAUGAGGGUUCUGGAAUGACCACUGAAGUAUGCAUUCCAAUGGAACAGUCCAAUCCUGAUGCUCCAGUAGCUGAGAUUGCAGGUGAAGCUCAUUCCCAAGCUGGGCCGUCACUGGAUGCUGAUAGUUUAAUGAUUAAGGAGGGGACCAGUGAAGGAAUAUCACAUAGUCCUCAACCUGGAGCCAGCCCAGAAUAUUGCACUCUUGUUUUAACAACAUUGACCCCUGACUGUGAAACUAUUUUUUUGCCAAACGAAGACUCAACUUCUGACAUUAUGCCGAGUAACACCGAUUCAGCUAAUGAAAAAGAAGCCAUCUUUUUGUCAACAAUCUCGUCAAAAGAAGAUGAGGUAACCACUGUUCGUGAUGGAGAAAAUAGUUUGUGUGGCUCUGACACUGCAAUUCCAGAUACUCCACCUGAGAAGAAUCGCAAUAUAAAUCCUACAAAAAUACAAGCUGAAGCUCUUGUUUUGGAUGGCAGGAUCCAAUUGCUUGCAGUCCCAUCUCAAGAUGUUUAUCGUUGUGAUCAGUGCUCUUAUGUCACUAAGAAAGAGAAGACUCUUCAGCGUCACCGUCGGGCUUUGUGUCACGGUAGGCAACAGCGUCUCAAAUGCCAGGCCUGUGGUACCCAGUUCAAACAGAGACGGGGAUUUGAUGACCACCUUGCAAACAAGUGCCCAAAAACAUUUAUUGGGAAGGCAGCCAAACAGAUAGAAGACAACUCUAUUGCAAGUCAGGAAACUUGUGAAAAAGUUGCGAAAGUUCCCUCACAACCAACGGGAAUUUCAGCCGAGGUAAAUCAUCUUGAUGGCCGGAUUGAUAGUGCCUCAACAGCCAGUGAGCUAGAGAGUAAUCAAAAUCGAGAUGGAGACAAAUCGUCGUCCAGAAACUUAACAAAUACCGGGAAAUUCAAGUGCAACUUUUGUAGUUUUUCAUCAGUGAAGCUCGCAACAGUUGAUAGACACAUUUUCAGUUGCCAAAAACGAGAAAAAAACGCUCAAAAAGUUGGUGGAAAACAAAAAGUUGAGAAAGGAUAUGUGUCUGAGAGCAGACCGGGAAUCGCUUUACCCCUCCAGGAGAAGACCGAUGUAAUCCAGAGCCCUACUUGUGCAUCGAAGCCAACGCACUUAGACCAAAAAUCUGUCGCGCAAGAUGGACGCAAAGCACAAAACCAAAAUGGCUCUAUUUCUCCUCACACAUGCCGCUACUGUUCUUUCACUACCUCCAGGCGUUACCGUUUGGAAGAGCACGAGUCCCUUCACACAGGAAGUGGACGUCAUGCCUGCGACAUCUGUGACAAGACCUUCGGAGCGGCGACCAAGCUUCGCCAGCACAAGGUGCGCAUACAUCAUGGAAAACCGGCUCUGCCAUGCGGCUUUUGCGACUACUGCGGCUACACGGCAGAUGACGUGAGGCGACACACUCGCAGGUGCCACACGGGGGACUCUCAUCACAACUGCACAGAUUGCGAAGCUUGCUUCAGUUCGAAAGCGGCUCUGAGAAACCACCACAAACGAGCACAUCAGCUGCGACCUCGUUUUGCCUGCGAGCAAUGCAACUAUGUUUGCAACAGUGAGACCAUACUGAGGAAACACCAACAGAGCGAGCACCGUGAAACUUUCAAGGUCAAAGUAGAUCGGAGAAUCCACCUCACCCAUGAGUGUCAGCUCUGCUCCUUCACUGGAAAAAGCAAGCAGCUCCUCUCACAGCACCUCCUUGACGAACACGAGGAGUCCUCUCUGGAUAAACCGUUACAAUGCGGAAGCUGCACAUUUACUUGUCGGCACGCACUAGUGUUGGAACAGCACCUGCGCUCGCAUGGAGGCAAACGUGUGUACAAGUGCACAGAUUGCAAGUACUCGACAGGCAACAAGCAAAAGAUCACCUGGCAUGUUCGCAUUCACACGGGGGAGAAGCCAUACCGGUGUGAGCACUGUAGCUACACCUGUGUCGAUCCCUCAAGGCUGAAGCUUCAUAUGAGGGUUCACCAAGAUGAGAAAAAGUACCUUUGUCCUGAAUGUGGCUACAAAUGCAAGUGGGCCACUCAACUGAAGUACCACAUGACCAAGCAUACUGGAGAGAAGCCGUUUACCUGCGACCAGUGUGAAUACCGUACUAACCGAGCGGAUGCUCUCCGUGCCCACCAGACCACACAGCACUGCGAUGUACGCGCCUUCGUCUGUGAGAAAUGUGGCAAAGCAUUCAAGACCAACUUUAUUUUGAAGACCCACCAGCGGCAGCAUGGCGACCAGAGUUCGUACGCAUGCGGCGUGUGCCACAAGGCCUUUCGCUGGCCUGCUGGCCUCAGGCACCACUUCCUGACCCACACAGAGCAGCUGCCAUUUCGCUGUUGCCAUUGUUCAUAUAGAGCAAAGCAGAGGUUUCAGGUGGUCAAACAUUUGCAGAGGCACCACCCGGGGACCUCGGUGGAGCAAGGGGUAGAGAGGGACUCGGACAUCGGUGGCCUCACCCUGAAGACUGCUAUGCAGGGAACACUGAAUGAUAUAGUCUGAGAAGAGACGUGAAAAUAAUACAGAGGAGCGAAGAAACUGUGAGUUGAAGAAUGUUGCUAAUGUUACAAAUGUUAAUAUAUUAUAGAUCGCUUCUUUGACAUGUCUCACUAGUAAUGUAGAUUUUAUAGUACAUUUUUUACUGUUAAUAAAUAAGCCACACAUUGUCUUAAAAUUGUAUUGACAUUUAUUUUAGAUGCAUAGAAUAACAUUUGCAUAAUAUCCGAAUUGUACACAACAAGCCCUGUGUACACUGAGGAAGUGAAUAAAACCAACUCAUGCAAGCUCGCAUGGUAGAGGUUUGAAAGGCAAGAUAUUAACAUGAAUGUCAAGGUAUGAAUCAGAAGGAUGCAUAUCACGUUUUUGUUUCCUUUACCUAUAAUCAAACAAGGCCAGUACUGAUUGUCCGUAAAUAAUUGUAGUAUUGCACAGAUUCUCGGCUUCUCGCAACUAGUAUAAUGUAACAAAAUAGAACCAUAAUCCAGUUUCCAAAUGUUCACUAAGAUGUCAAAUCCUUUCGGCAGUAUUUGUGGAAAAUGUCUUUCAUGUCCCAAAAUCAUGGGGGGGAGAAUAAUACACUAGUGUGUACUAUACAUAAGAAAAUAAAAUGUAUUGAAAAAAGUUAAUUAUUAUCUAUUAAUCAUGACCUGGUAAAUGCACUAUAGAAUUUUAAUAGUUAGUAAUGGAUAAUCGUGUUAUACAAACAAUGUAUAAUAGAUUUUUUUGUUGUUGUUGUUUACUUUCUGAUAAUUAGACAAGCCCCGGUUUCUAAUUUUCCCCACUAAAAUCCUAUUCAAACAGGAGAGUUAAGUUGUUCAUGUAAGUUUAGAGAUACUGAUAUUGACAAAAAGUGAUGCAGGAGGGAUGGUGGUCCCAUCUUUUGAAAGUAGAUGAAUGUGCCGAUAUCCUGCAACAAAAAAUAAAUUUUCUGGUUAAUUGUCUCCCUGAGAAUUAGUAUUUUCUUUUUUUUUUUUGUUUGUUUAAAUGAAAAGUAUCACUUCACCUGAUUGGAUGCACGUAAAAGGUAUCGUAUAUUGUCCAAUGAAAUCAUUUCUGGAUGUCUUGUCGUAAUCUUCCACCACAAAGCGAAUCAUGGCCAGAUCGGGAGUGUGAAUGACAAAAUUCAAAGUCUGAUUCCACACAGGGUUAAAUCCUGCAGGAAGAGAGAUCACAGUUCUUCUACUAUAGCUUCAAUGUAAUUUAAACCAUCCAUUCACCUUCUCGUACCAUUAUUGUUUAUGUGACUAGUCUCCUCCUUAGCCUGGUCCUGCUGUACUCCAUAUACUUCAGCCCUGACCAGGGGGUCUACAAUGGAACCCUCUUUCUGGUUCACCUUUGGAAGCUGCUGCCCACUUAUCACCUAAAUGAAAAACAUGUAAGUCCAUAAAAGCUCAAAUCAGCUAAAGAAAAGUUCUCUGUUGACCUGAAUUGAUAAACGCAGAGGAUUGUAGCCCGGCUGCUCUUCAGGUUUCUCCGGAUUAAAUGUUGUGCGGUUGUCCCUCAUGAAAUUCGGUUUCAGCACGUAACCGCAGCGACCAUUCUGUCCAAAGAGCCCGUCGUUCAGGUCCAUCUCCAGACCUGCCGUCUGGAAGUUUAAAGCCACUUGGGGCAAAGAGUAAAACAUGGCUUCAGUCAAAAGUUCACUGUCUGGAUUGUAGGAACACAUUUGGCAUCAAAGCUCUCCUCCUUACCAAUUUGGCAUCCCACAUUCCACAAUUCUGUAGGGUUAUAGUUUGAGGAGUCAGUCCUGAGGCCACUAGGGUAAAUCCUGCUUAGCUGUUUUACAUUAUGCUGUACAAAGUCUGCUCCUGUAGAAGAAUAUGACAAGUGUAGUGCAUCUAUAAAAAAUGAAUGAACUAAAAAUUCAUUUGUUGUUCAUUCAAUACUGUUACCUGCUUCCUUAGCGAGCCUUUUAGCCUUCG